UCAGACACUGAACUAAUUGUGUAACUCCGCAACGGAAAGUGCCAUUGGAGAACGCAUGCUGACCUCACAGCCGAAAAAAACUAUUUAAAAGAUGUGGAAACCAGAUGUUUCAGCCGCAUUCCAGCCGCUGCUCUGAGAAUUUCUUGGGAGCAGCCCCGACAUUGUAAACCGGCUCUGCAACUGAAGAUAUGGUCUUCCUCCUCUGCUUAUGCGUCUUGCUGUGGGAAGAGGCUCACGGAUGGGGAUUCAAGAAUGGAAUCUUUCAUAAUUCCAUAUGGCUUGAACAAGCAGCGGGCGUAUACCAUAGAGAAGCCCGGGCUGGCAGAUACAAGCUAACCUAUGCAGAAGCCAAGGCCGUAUGUGAAUAUGAAGGUGGCCGUCUUGCAACCUACAAGCAGCUAGAAGCAGCCAGAAAGAUUGGAUUCCAUGUCUGUGCUGCUGGAUGGAUGGCCAAGGGUAGAGUUGGGUACCCCAUUGUGAAACCUGGGCCCAACUGUGGAUUUGGGAAAACCGGCAUCAUUGAUUAUGGAAUCCGGCUCAACAGGAGCGAGCGGUGGGAUGCCUAUUGCUACAACCCGAACGCAAAGGAGUGUGGUGGUGUCUUUACAGACCCGAAGCGAAUCUUUAAAUCCCCAGGCUUCCCAAAUGAGUACGACGACAACCAGGUUUGCUACUGGCACAUCCGGCUCAAGUACGGUCAGCGAAUUCACCUGAGCUUUUUGGACUUUGACCUUGAACAUGAUCCAGGCUGUUUGGCUGACUAUGUAGAAAUAUAUGACAGUUAUGACGAUGUCCACGGCUUUGUAGGAAGAUACUGCGGUGAUGAACUUCCAGAAGACAUCAUCAGCACAGGAAAUGUCAUGACCUUGAAGUUUCUGAGUGAUGCGUCCGUCACAGCUGGAGGCUUCCAGAUUAAAUACGUCACAGUGGAUCCUGCACCUAAAUCCAAUCAAGGCAAAAAUACAACUAUGACUGGAAAUAAAAAGUUCUUAGCUGGACGGUUUAGCCAUCUAUAAUUCUUAUUUUUUUUUUUAAAAAAAGAUGUUCAAAACAUCCAGUACAAUAUUUAUAUUUGUAGCUUUUGGACCUCAUUUGUUCUCAAUUUUGUAUUUUUUGUUAUUAACAUGUAUUUAUUAUUUUCGUGAAUGUGAAAGCAAUAUGUAAUUGUGGGGGAAAUUGAAAACUACAGAAAACUUUGAAUGAGUUAAAAAAAACUCAUAAUUGUACUACACAGAAAUAACUAAUGUUAACAUUUUUUAAUGUUUGUCUUUCAUUCGUUUUUCUACUUACAGUAUUUGUAUAUAUGUAACUCUGUGAUUUGCAUUUGACUUUCGGCAUUCUGCCUUAUGUAUAGUUUUAUAACCUGAUAUUUUUGACUUUAACGUUUUAGAGCUCAAGCAAUUUCCGAGAUCACUGAGUUUUCUACAAACUGGAACUCUGAGUAGUUGUAAAUGUGAUUGUUCCCUGCCUUAUUUAAACUAAGUGUAUAUCAGGAUUUAAGGUUGAUUUCAUAAAUGGUGUUGUAAUAAAUACUUUUGGACAUA